AUGCUGACUAGUACGUUGGAGCUCGCUUUGCACACACUUCAUAGAGGAGGCAGCUGCGUGCGACACGGUAGCCCAUGCUACCUAGCAUUGUUCGCAACGCACGGUGCUAUACAGGAUGUAUGUGUUGGGGUGGGUGCCUUGGCGCAGACCAAUAACAGCAUCGGGAUUUGGAGCAAGGUUGGUUCCCGUUUGGUCUGGGUGAUUUUUGACCGUCCUACUGGAAGCGCCCGCCGCUGUCGAGAGCGUCAUGCUAGUGGGGAGGCACGAGCGAUAAGGUAUUUGUUCAUAGACGAUGCGCUGGAGGUGCACUAUUUGGAGGAGCUCAAAGAGCAGAAGCAGCUUGUCUGGAAGGUAUUGAGGUGGGAUUAUCUGCUCAUAGACGAUGUGCUGGAGGUGCACUAUUUGGAGGAGCUCAAAGAGCCGAAGCAGCUUGUCUGGAAGGUAUUGAGGGGCAAGGGGAAGUUUGCACACGUGUGGAAACACACGUCUGCGCAAGCGACAGUAGCAGACGCCGACAUUUGCCAACGUUUGUCAGCCAUAGACGAUGUGCUGGAGGUGCACUAUUUGGAGGAGCACAAAGAGCCGAAGCAGCUUGUCUGGAAGGUAUUGCGGUGGGAUUAUCUGCGUCUGCGCUAG